AUGGAUAAAUGCCGCGCACAAUCAGCCAGGAGCCCACUCGGUGCCCGGCUGAGCUAUGCCCGUGGCGGAACAGCAGCAGCAGCGGGGGGUGUUGAGUCGGAGGAGAAUGGCACCCGUGCUGCUGUUGCCCGUGAAAGCAGUCUUGCACGACUUGCCGCCCGAGACAUCAUGUAUGAACCCAGCCGUACGCCACUGGCCGUUGGAAGCGCGACGACUUUGCGGCGACCAUUGUGCCGCGAGGUAGUCUGCCCAAUCCUGGACUACGUUCUCGAUGGGCCGCCGUCGUUCGCAGAUGAGCAUGAGCAUGGUUCAUUCGCUGCUCGGUCCCGCAGAGUUUGUCGCUCCAAACCUCCGACCAUCUCAAACAGCCGCGGUGAUGGAUGGGGGUGA